CCACUCGAGUGUGCGCUGACAAUAACUACAGCUACUGUUCUGCAGAUGUUUCAUACAUUACAAAACCGCAGGCUUCCUCACCCACGUUUAAAAGAAAGAGCAGCAACAUCUUCUUCACUGGAAAAUAUUUAUGGGUGGGUCGGAAACCCCACAACUGUGAAAAGGUGAGCGAGUCAGAGCUGAGGUUCAGUCUGAUGUGAGAGCAGAACUGGGAGCAUCACUCAUAUCUCCAUCCAUCCACCCACACCAGAACAGGAGAACAGACCUGAGUUUUGACAAAUCCCUGCAAAAACCCUAUCAAGCAGACUGUAAACUGCUGAAAACGGAUCUGCUGAAAAUUAGAGGAGAUGAUUCACAGCGUCUCCCUCCAGUGUCUGAUACUCACCCUCUCCUCAUUCAUCACAGGGUACCAGCACAAACUCCAGGAGAUCACUGCAGGUCACGUGUUUCCACUCGAGUGUACUUUAGGUGAUAUGAAAAUAAGAUGGGGUUCAGAAAAGCAGCAGGAGCUGGAUAUGGAGAGUCUUCCUGCAGGAAUGAAGAUCAUAAAGCAAGCCCUGUGGUUCUUGCCGGCUCAGCCGUCGCACAGUGGAAACUACUACUGCUCUUCCUGGUCCAAUCACAGCAAAGAGCACAAUGCCAUGGCCAACUUUUCCGUUGCUGUGACCAAUAGGACGUCUUCUCCACAGACAAUUCACCUAUCCAGGGACAGAAACGGGUUUCUGAACUGCAAGAGCAACUACAUGACCAAAAUCUUCCAGUUAGACCCUCACCCUCACGUGAGCUGGAUAAAGAACGGCACCCUUCUUGAAGGGGAUAGCCUUUUGUUGAUACAGAAUGUUGCGGAGAGUGAUGAAGGAGAAUACACGUGCUCGGUGAAUUUUACCCAUGAAGGAAAUGUGUACACUGCUGCCCAGACCUUUCGAGUCCGCACACAUUACGCGACAAUUCCACAAAAGCCCAGAGUGGUCAAACCACAAAAGGAAAUUCAUUCUGUAACAGUUGGUUCAAGACAUGACUUAAACUGUAAAGCUUUAGUUGGAACUGAUCAAGAAGAUCCCGUAGAUCCUUUCCAAAUAUAUUGGCUGGUGAACGGAGAGUUUGCUGAGAGAGUCUCUAAACACUUUAUUUUUAAUGUGAGCCGUACCGUGGAACACAGUACAAUAUAUUACCAGAAUAAUCUUACUAUCCCGGAGAUUCAGAAAGAAUUUCUGCACAUCCCUUUCAUGUGUGUGAUCCUGAACUCCAAAGGGUCAGACAAUGGCACAGCAAUACUUAUUCCAGCCACUGAGAGUUACUGGGUGAUGCUACCUGUUGCUGGUUGCUUGGUGGUGGCACUGGUUCUGCUGGUGUUCCACUUCUUUAAGGUUGACCUGGUCCUGGCUUACAGGAAACUCAGCCCUUGUUUAAAAAGACAGUGUGAUGGGAAGCUAUAUGACGGAUAUGUCAGUUAUAGCCAUGGAAAUUAUAAGAGCAUGUCCUUCGCCCUGAAGAUUCUUCCUGAGAUACUAGAGGAUCAUCUUGGCUACAAGCUGUUCAUUAGUGGCCGAGAUGAACUACCUGGAGGAGCGGUCCAUGACGUCAUCGCCGAUGCGGUUAAGAAGUGUCGGCGGUUGAUCAUCGUUCUUGGAUCUCGUUCAUCCACAGAACACUUGAGCCUGAACAAUAAUGAAAGAGAGUGUUACCCUCCUCUCUCUGACCCCACUCAAACUACCAACCUGAACCUGGACCCGUACGAGUGGUCAGUGGGUCUGUACGACGCUCUGGUAAAAGGGGGUCUGAAGAUCAUCCUGGUGCAGGUCGGCGGGGAGGUGGACGAAGCUCAGCUGCCGGAGUCGCUACGCUACAUCAGGCGCACUCAAGGCAUUCUGCGUUGGAAGCAGGACUACAUCACCAAGCCCAGCGGAAGGUUCUGGAAACAGUUGCGUUACCGCAUGCCUCUAGUACAGAAGGUUAAAUUGAAUGCUGUGGUCUGAAGCCCACCACUGUUACUUUCUGUAAUAAUUAGAGCACAUUAUUAGACAUAUGAGGUCAGUUUUUUAGACAGGGAUUAAGCCUCACCUUGGAAGACACUGCGUUUUGAAUUUAGAGGAAAAUAUAGUCUACAACUAGGCUUAAUCUCUGUUCUAAAAACUGACCUAUAGACAUACAGACACACCUGUAAAUCAAUACUCCAAAUUUAGUUGGUGUGUUGUGUUCUUGUUAGCUAACUAUAAGACAAAAUAGAAAUAUAGGAAUAUUACAUAUAAACACAAUUUCGACUGAGGAUUCUUUUACACGUCUUUUUACACUCUGGACCUUCAGACAUUUCAGUUUGCCCUGAACCAAAAUAUCAGAUGUGAAAAGUGCUGUAAACCAUGUUCUGGACCAAAGAAAUAACAUUUUGUCCAACCAAGUCCAGCUUAACUGAAUCAGUUGGUUUUUAGUGUGAAAACAGUUUUUUGGGAUGGUUUGGACUACAGGAAGCAGGCUGUCAUCAUGCAAGCAGGACAGGUACAACAUAUUAUGCUGGAGAUUCUGUAUCUACUGUAACUGUAGAUUAUCCCUUGUUUAUAUACAGAAAUUAAAGUAAUCUGAGGAGAAUCUGUUACGCUCCUGCAUUCAAAGGGAGUCGCAUUCUGGCAGGGAGGUGGAAUUUGGCACAGUACCUGGAAAGGCAUUUUGCUGAACUGACAACAUUCUACAAACCAAUGUGAAGUACAGAGAGCCUAUGUGUGUGAAGAUGACAGGAUGUAGUAAAGUUGUUUAUUUCGCUUAGUCAAUAUGCUGCAGUGUGAAACUGAUCAAAACUAACCUAAGCUCUUUAAAUUCAUGCAUCUUAUUUAAAGCAAUGCUCAGUGUUUACCCUGGUAUUACCCUGUUUAGUUAAAAUGUGAACAGUUCAAUUUGCAGUUUACGAACCAAAUAAGGUUUUAGAGCACAUGUUGCGCAAUUCCAGCUGGACACAGAUUUAACCCCUGUGUGUACACAAACACAGGCACACAGUGAUAUUCUGGAACUUGUGCCUGGUGUGUGGCCACUGCUACCAACCUGGGGAACAGUGAGGUUAAACAGCCUCUCUCAGGGGCCCAGCAGUGACCGAGUACCAAACCCGCAAUACUGUCGCUGAUGGCUCGGUGCUCUAACCACUGAGCAACCACAUUCAUGAAUUCAAUAAAAAAUCCUGUUAAAUUUUGGAUAAAGGAAUUUAUUGUGACUUGCCAGACAUUGGGAGGCACUACUUCCUCCUGAAUGUAAAUAUAGAAUAUGAAUUUGGUGGAAUAUAGGUCCAGUAAUACUCCCAUUACUGUGCUAUGAUUUUUAAGUGUGUUUCAGGGCAGCUUCUGUGUUAUGUUUACAUUUUGGAUUACAUGCAUAUUCAUUUUUUUGUGUGUGCUAAAAUCAUUGUAGGAUCGGAUAACUUAAAAUAAUUAGCACCCCCAUCAUAAAAUGCUGUUUUUUUUAAAGCUAAGCUAAGAUAAGAUGCGUAAAGACAAAGCAAUAUGUUAACUUUGAGUGGAAGGUAAAUGGAGAAUAUAACAUGUCAGCUACUGAAUGGUAAUUAACACUGAAGAAAUGUCAGUCUCCAGAGAUUCACCUGAAAUAUUGCUCUAGUUUAGAACAAGCUUAAAAUGUGUGUUGUUUUAUUUAUACUCAUAUGUACAAUUUGCAAACUGCAGAAAAGUGUCACAGGAUACAUUAUUACUGGAAACAACUGACUAGUUUAGCCACCAGCAAAAUAUCCAUGAAAAUGUAAUACAUAAUGAUAUAAUAUGUUUGUUUAAUUGUAAUACAAAGUAAUUACAAUUACAACUACAAGUGUUUAUUAUUAUUAAUAAUAAUAAUAAUAAUAAUAAUAUGAUUUAUUAUAUAGUAUGCUAUAUUUUGUCAUGUUACUUUGUGUGUUAAACAGAUUAGUUGAAUACA